UCGGGUCAUACAAAAUGUGUACUUUUUCUUUUUUUUUUUCUUUCUUUUCAGUUGAUUAUGAAACGAUCAUCAACUGAAGAGCAUGCUCAUGCACAAAAACGUACGCGUCAAGAAGUACCUGUGUUAGGUUCCAAGACAAAAGGCGCUGUUUAUCUUGUUGAAAAAGAAAAAGAAAAACAACCUUUUGGAAAGUAUGUCUAUGGUAACUAUCAAGGUUAUUAUACGACUCGUCGAAAGCAAGGCAAUGCUCUUAUUGAUCCAAGACUUGACUUGAUAGACCCAAGUUAUUUUGUUGGCAAACGUAUACUGGACAUUGGAUGCAAUUCUGGAAAUAUAUCCAUUGCCAUAGCUAAAAAGUACUCUGUUACUUCAAUUGAUGGUGUUGAUAUUGAUGAAGGAUUGAUCAAGAAAGCACAUACAAAUCUUCGUGUUGCUUAUUCACUCAAUCACCCAGAUCAACAAUCACCUAUUGAUCUUAGUUUACGCUUUCACUAUUUUCCUCAAUCUAUGACAAAUAUGUUUGGUAUGCUUCCUAUGGCAUUUCCACCCUCUUACAAGAAGCCCAAUGAGUUUCCGUUCAAUGUACAUUUUGAGGCAAUGGACUGGACUGAGACUAAUAUUGAUAAAUAUAGCCAUUAUGAUACAGUAUUAGCACUGAGUAUCACAAAAUGGAUUCAGCUACAUGGUGGGGAUAAGGGACUCAAGCGAUUCUUUGAGAAAGUCUAUGACUCAUUAGCACCUGGAGGUACAUUUGUGUUGGAGCCUCAAGAAUUCAAUACAUUUCAAAGAAGAGCGAAACAAAUUGAUCCUACAAAAGAUGUAGAGCAAGAACUACACUUCAGACCUGAAGACUAUGAAGACUACUUGAUCAAUCAUGUAGGAUUCAAAGAAGUCAUCAACUUAGGUGCUCCUCAAGGUGAAAUUAAAGGAUUCUCUCGACCAAUCAUAUUGUACAUAAAAUAAAGUGACGUCUCUAUGAAAAAUAAAGAGCUCUUUUUUCUUGAUUAUUUCCAAAAAAAAAAC